AUGAACGGCGAAAUUUUCUUACAUGAAACCACAACCACCAAAACGGCGCUCGAAGGAAUCGCUGUGGUCGUUGGAGAACACGUCCUCUUUGGACCCAACUACAACAAAACGGCCACGUUUUCGGCUUCCAUUUUGGUUUCGGAGCCUGUGACUCCAAAGAAGGUGGAGAACACCGUUAAUGUUUCGGUUAACAAGAGCUACAGGGGAGUGAGGAAGAGACCUUGGGGUAGGUGGUCGGCGGAGAUACGAGACCGAAUAGGUCGGUGCCGCCACUGGCUGGGGACCUUCGACACGGCCGAGGAGGCGGCGCGUGCUUAUGACGCGGCCGCAAGGCGCUUGAGAGGCUCCAAGGCUCGGACAAACUUCAAGGCACCGCCGGUGUUACCACUAUCGCCGCCGUCAACCUCGGAAGUUAAACUUUUGAGUGGUGGUACCGUUAAGCCGAAAACCACGCCCAACAGUACUAGGAAGUGUUCCGUGGUUACCUCUGUAGAACAAUUGUUCAGUGUAGGUUAA